AUGAUGCUUCAGCAUCCUGGAUUGGGUCCUUCGGAGAUCAGUGCGUCAGCUUUGGUACCUUGCCUUUCACCUCCGGGCUCACUUACGCUGGACGACUUCACCAACUUCUCUCCCUUGGUCAAAGAGGAGUUGCGAUUCGCUAUCCAGAAUAAACGCCUCUCCAACGGCAUGAGCACCGUGACGACCGACCUAGCGAACUCAAGUUCCGAUCGACCCGCCGAACAGCCGGCAGUAAAGAGAGAGUUUACGCCAGAGGAACAGGAAAGGAGAAAAAGGAGAAGGGAAAGAAACAAAAUAGCUGCAGCGAAAUGUAGGAAUAAGAAGAAGGAGAAAACUGACUGUCUACAAAAGGAAUCAGAGAAGUUGGAGUCAAUCAAUGCUGAGCUCAAAGCUCAAAUUGAGGAGUUGAAGAACCAGAAGCAGCAGUUGGUUUACAUGCUCAACCUUCAUCGGCCUACCUGCAUCGUCCGCGCACAGAACGGACAGACCCCUGAGGACGAGAGAAACCUUUUCAUCCAGCAGAUCAAGGAGAACAACCUGCAGGGUCUGAGCCUCUCGCCCACUCCCUCACUACAUAACACAAUGCCAGCCACCACAUGCGGGCAUCUCUGA